CUGGUAGGGAACGGAGGGUGGGCAGCAAAGGCAGCGGUAUUGCUACCAAGCAUUUUCAGGGGGGCUAGCGAGCGCAGCAGGAGUAAGCAAGACAAAUCCUGAGGAGAGCGGGUCAAACGAGACCUGGCCUGACUGCUCUUUUUUUCCCUCUUUCCAUGGAACAGUUCGAGACGCCGUCUGACGAUGCUGGACCGGCCGUACCAGACGACACGGGGGUCGACACAGCAAGAGGAGCAGGCUCCCGACUCUGUGGAUGCUGCCCCGGCUGACUGUUCGGGGACUGGGUGAAAAACCAGGAUGGAGAAGACCCUGGAGGACCAUCUGCUGGAGGCCGUGGAAGGCCUUGGGAAGGAGGACUGGAAGAAGUUCAAGUACAAACUGAAGCACUACAGACUCAAGCCAGGCUACAACCACAUCCCCUGGAUGAUUCUGGAGGAGGCAGAGCGCCUGGAGGUGGUGGAGGAGAUGACAGACCACUUUGGGACACGCUACGGGGUGGAGAUCGCGGUGGACGUGCUGAAUGCUAUAAACAAGAGGAAACAUGCAGAUGAUCUCAGCCGGGCCCUGAGAGAAGAUGAUGUAAAUCAGAGCGCAGUAUCAGUGACUGCACAAGCUCCAAGGCAGGAGGGGAGAGAUGGCUUGGAGCAAGGACAAGCGUCAGAGUCUCAGCAGGGCACAGAACAGGAGGAGGAGGCUGGCAUCAAUCCUGAAGAGAAAACAGAGAUUCGGGAAGACCCAGCACUGGAGAAGACAGACACUUCCCCUGGAGGAGAUCCUGAAAACCCAGAGAGUCUCACAGCUGCGGGAGCUACUGAAGAGGAAAUCCAGGAUGAACAGGGCAGUGGAAGUGAAUUGAGGAGGUGUGAUGAGGGGAUGCGUCAGCAACCACUGGAAACAGAAGAAGAGAGAUUCAACACUUUGCAUCAGCUUCCUGAACAUCUCUAUGUGGCCAAAGACAUGAACCCUAAAAGCUGGUUUCUCCCUUCGAGGUGUGAUGACAGGAUGGAUAUGCAACCACUGGAAAAAGAAGAAGAGAGAUUCAACGCUUUGCGUCAGCUGUGUGGUAGUCAGCAGAAGAGAUUGAGGAGCCUUAGAGACUCUACUAGGACCAAGCAGGAAGUCCUUGGAAGGAAGAGUCAGUGUCCUUGGAAGGAGACCUUUCGCAAAGAGAGAAGGCAAGCCCCUUGCGAAGUCCUCUCAAGGCUACACCUGAUAAGGUACGUGGAUGAUAAACUCAAGCUGAGCCACGUCUUGGAGAUCAUCACAAGACACCAGACGCCCCGGUCAUUAGCAGAUUUCCCGUGGCAUUUCCUGAGGAAGGUGCUGGGCCUGGACGGGACCGCCAGAAAUAUGGGUUUGGGGCAAAAGGCUGAGGGAGGAGAUGACAAGGGCGAGAUGGACACCGGGGAGACUCUCCACCCCCUGGACCUGAUCUGUGCUGUCCUCUCCUGCUCCGAUCCUUUCCUCCAGCAGGAAAUCCUGGCCAGAAUGGCUGUGUGCCAGUUUGCCCUCCCCUUGCUUCUCCCCUCCCUCAAGGCCUCCAAAUGCACCCUCUUGCUGUGGGCCAUGAGGGGCAUUGUGACAACGUGGAUGCCACACACCAAGGCCAAGAGCCGGGGGCCCAGAGAGGAGAGCCUGGUGCUCACCCUGAUGCCCACCUUCUCCUUCGUGCGGCUGGGACGCUGUAGUGUCUCCAAGUCCAGGCUCCUCAAUGAAAUCCUCAGCCCCCUCCAACGGCCCCAUAACUUCUUUGUCCACCGGGACAUGGAGGCUGGCAACGUCCCCCGGAAAUUGGCCAACGGGCUGGUGGAGAUCUCGUGGUACUUCCCUUCAGGCAAGAAGAGCUCUGACCUCUUCCCAGAGCCCCUGGCCGUGACCAACCUGCGUGGGGACAUCAAGUCACACUGGCAGGAAUUCACCUUCUUAACACAGGUCUCGUCAGCCGUCUUCAUCCUGACUGAUGGUGUGCAGCAAUCAGACUACGAGCUUCUCUCCUCCCUGCAGGCAUCCACCACCACCUACUACUUCAUCCUCGCCCACCAGGAUGGGGCGACCAAUGAAAUGGUGGACUCGCUGAAGAACCUAACCCCUGCCCUGAAACUCAGUCAAUCGCAAGUGCUGGUGAGGGGGCAAGAUACCCACCACGCGCAUUUCGUGGAGAAGCUACGGAGAAGCCUGAGGGACACAAUGACGGGGGCUGAAAGGAAAGGGAGGCUCUCGGACAUGGCUGACGUGGCCCGUGGCCUUGAGAUGAAGGUGGAUGAGGACCAUGAGGCAUGUCAGAAAGGAAAGGCGUGGGCCGGAGACAUCACCAGGGAAAUCAAAGACGUGGCAAAGUACAAGCGAGACAUGCUGAGACUCCAAGGGGACCUGUGGAAAGAGCUGGCGAGAGUGGAGAAGGAGCGGUGCCAGAUGAGAAGCCAAGGGGACGCCGCCCCAGAGCAAUACCAAUCUCAGCUGACAGCCAGGUGGCUGCAUCUACGGGGCCAGCAACAUACGUGUGGGGUCCCGCCUGGCGUGACUAAAUUCAUCGCGGCCUUGAGACAGCUCACCCCGGUGGAGAAACGCUACUUCCUGAAAUGGCUCGUGCUCCAGCUGGAUCACGUCAUGUGGGGGGAUCUCUCCAGGCAGCGCCCCCAAGACAAGGAGAAGCCCAACAGAUUAGACCCACGUCGGCUCCAGGAGGCGGAUGAAUUGGUCUCCGCCGCUUCCCUGGGCGUGGAGCAUUUCAUGCGGGAGCUGGGGCAGCUCUACGAGGCCGAGUGCUCCAUGCUGAAGGAGGGAAACAUCCAGGAGCACCAAAGGAAGUUCAGCCCCCUCCCGGGCAUCGCGGCCGAGCUGAUGCUGGAAGGCUUCCCCAUGGAGCUGAUCGACGGAGACGCCGCCAACAUCCCGGUGCAGUGGGUGACCGAUCUGCUGACUCAGCUCCACGCCAGGGUGGAGGGCAGGUCCCGGUUGCUGGUAGUGACGGUGAUGGGAGCCCAGAGCACGGGGAAGUCCACCCUACUCAACGCCAUGUUCGGGCUGCAGUUUGCCACGGGCACUGGCCGAGGCACACGAGGGGCCUUCAUGUCACUCUGUAAGGUAGCGGGCACCUCCCAGGAGCAGCUGGGCUGUGAUUUCCUCCUGCUCAUAGACACCAAAGGCUUGAAAGGCCCUCAGUGGGCCAUCCCACAUGACAACGAGCUGGCCACCGUGGUCGUUGGCUUGAGUGACAUCGUAAUGGUGAACGUGGCCAUGGAGAACACCACAGAGACGAAGGACGUCCUCCAAGUUGUGGCCCACGCAGCCCUCAGGACGGGGAAGAUUGGGGUCAAGCCCUUCUGCCAGCUGGUUCAGCACGACUUCAGUGAUGGGUCGUCCCGCCCCCAAAACGUGGCCCUCCUGGAGCAGCUGAAAGACGUGGCCCAAGCCGCAUCCAGGAUGGAGAAAGGGAAAGCCACAAAGCUUUCCGACGUGAUGCACUACGAUGCAGAGAACCACACCUGGUGCCUCCCGGGGCUGUGGCGUGGCACGCCCCCCAUGGCUCCCGUGAACCCGGCGUACAGCAAGAGCGUGGGGGAGCUGAGGGCGUCUUUGUUUGAGGCCCUGCAGAAAACCAGGCCUGAAAACAGAGCUGCCAAGGACAUCCCCCAGUUCGUGGAGUGGAUGAGGAGCCUGUGGCGCGCGGCCAAACACGAGAACAUCACCCUCAGCUUCAGGAACAGGUUGCUGGCGGAGGCCUACAACCAGCUCUCCAUGGACUACACCGAGCUGGAGUGGGGCUUUCGCAAGGCGAUGCUCUUCUGGGCCUCCGAGACAGAGACGUGCAUCCAGAACCAGCCCACGGGGAUGCUGGACAAAAGGGCCUCCAUCCAGCUGCAGCGCGAGGUGCAGGAGAGGGUGAGGCAGGAGGUGGGAAAGCUGGUGGAGGGCAUCGAGCUUUGUUUUGAACGCGAGGCAGCGAGUCUUCAGCUGAUGGAAAAACACCGGGAGGAUUUUCUCAGGAGCGCCUUGGGCCUCGGGAAGGAGCUGGAGAACGAUUGCUUCGCCAAGUGCCAAGAAGCCGUUGAAGUAGCCAAGGGCCGACACAGGCUGGAGGUUGCCCUGGGAGAGUGUCACAGACAGCUCGGGAAGAAAGUCAGCGGGCUUCUCGAGCAGUGCCGGGCAAGUGAAGACCACCUCAACAGCGACGCGCUGGAUGCAGAAUUCGAACAUGCGUGGAGAGAAACACUAUCCAAGCUGCCUCUGAAUCCUCUAGAGAAAUAUAACCUGGAGAAACGUCAGAUCCGGGAAGAAAUGGAGACCCAGCUGAGAAAGGACCUUGAGCACCUUGAGGGCACCGCACGGGAGCUCUUGGGAGAGGCCCGGCUCUUGUCUGAUCGCCCAGCGCUACCUUUCCAAAUGAGGAAGGAGUACCUGGACCUCUCCGCCGUCAGGGGCAUCAUCGAGCGGUGCACGCAGGCGUGCUGGGAACGCACAGAAGCCCUUGCUCAAUCCCUCAUUGAAGACUGCAAGCGUUACACCGCGGAGAAGGCUGCCUCCAAAGCAGGGUACCACGAAGUCUACUGCAGAGAGCUGCUGCGGAUGGUUAACAAACCCCUCCGGAAAUGUCCCUCCCAGCAGAGAAGGACCAGCGCCCUCUUUGAAGUCGAGCUCAAGCGGCACAUUUUGGGGGAGGCAGCUGCUGAGUUCCAGAAGAUGCACGAAGACUUUAUUCGGGAAAACGGCACUCUUCAGCACUUGGAGAAGCUGAAACCUCAGUAUCUCUCCAUGUUCAAAGCUCGUUACUGGGGGAGACAUGAAUGCCAAGACUGGGCCUGGGAUUUCUGCCAGUGGUGCCUGAAGCCGGCUCUGGAGGACUAUGUGAGCAAGAGGCUUGGGGUUGAAAUCAUGGAUGACUUGGUGACCAGGGGAGGGUCUAGCAUGUUCAAGAGCAGGAUUCACUUCCAGUAUGCCGUCCUGAAGGAGCUGCUGGAACGGGAGGAUUUCAACGGCUAUGUGCAGUACAUCCAAAGCUACGUGGAGUUUGUCAAAUCCCGGAUCCAGCGGCAACUGGUGACUCACUACACAGAGAAGGCGAGGCUGGGAGGCUUGGAGGAGAAGGUCUUGUCCACCAUAACCAAGAAGGUUUACAAGGUCCUUGAAUGCUCUGAGGCUGAGAAGACUCAGCCGGUCUCCACCUUCCUCGACCGCUUCUGUGAAGAGCUGCGGCAGGAUCUCGUCAUCCCUAGAGACAGCUUGGAAGUGAUCCUCUUUCAAACCACUGCCACCGCCGGCGAGUUCUCGGCUCACCUCCUACAUCUCGUCCCUCUGCUGCAAAGAGAAGUCUUGGCCAGCUGGAAGAACGUGGAGGUACAGUCGAGGCUCUCCAGGCUUCCCGUCAAGCCCCAGGAUGAGAUGUUCAAGCGUGUGUUCGGCUGCGGGGAGCAGUGCCCCUUCUGCAAAGUGCCCUGCGAGGCUGAGGGCAGAGAGCAUGGAGAGCACUUUGCAUCCGUCCAUCGGCCUCAAGGAUUGGACAGUUACAGGUGUGAAGAGACCAAUGUCCUCGUGUUUGACGUGUGCUCCUCCUCUGUUGUCUCCAACAAUUGGUUCCAAAAUGCCGACACGGCCGGGCAACUGCAUCCGUACAAAGAGUACCAGCAAUACUACCCGGCCUGGUGCAUCCAACCAGAUCCCAGCAUCCACGCUUCCGAUUACUGGAAGUUCGUUUUCAAGGAGUUCAACGAGCAGUUUGCUCGGGUGUACAAGUGUCUCCCGGCCCGUCUCCCGGAGGACUGGUGUAGACUCACGAAAGAGCAGGCCCUGCAGAGCCUCUGGAAAAGCACUUACAUGAGCAGCAGAGUGAGACUGUCCCAGCAGGACUCUCCUGGGACAUAACAACCACCCAGUGCCUCGUGAUAACACACGGACAUUGCUUUUCUGCCCGUCUCCAGUCCCGUUGCAGGAAGAGAAUCAAAUGGGAUUCCGGGGUCCUAUGAAAUCCUUUGUGCAGGUUCCCAUCUACAGCUGUCACAAAGGUUGGGUACCUCAUGCCCCUUGGUUCCCUCGUGCACCUCUCUGCCCGGCUGGUCCCGUUAGGAAUGCUUUGCUUUUAAUGCAGAGAGAUGCGACCUUGCUGUGUACAAGUGCUCUGUAAGGAGGCUCUUCUCCGUUUGAAUAGUACAAGCAUAUCGAGAUGUAGAUCGUGUUCAUCAUUCACUAGCUGCCAUCAUCGCUUGUGCAUAUUAAUAAAGCUGGCUUGCUUUCCCUCCAUGGGUAGACUC